AUGGCCCGCUGCAGGUGCAACGGGAAACUGCUGUGCAUGUGCCUCCUGCCGUGCAUGAUGACCGGCCACCUCCUCAUCUACGUCAUGGUGUCCAUAUUCGUCACCAUCUCCUACACUCCGCCCCAGAUUAUAGUUCACUACAUUGCCCCGGGCGCCUCCACCAACUCCGAGGCUCUGGCCCGUCAUCCGAUGGGGCCUUUCUGGAACCUUCGCCUGGAAGAGAGCGCCCUGUGGAACCGGCUGCAGCAUGUUUGGGACCGCCAGCACAACCCCAUACUGAGAGGAAACACCAGCGCCACAAAGGUGCCCAAAACCAAACUCUCCCCACUGGUCAAGGAGGCGUGCUCCUCGGACCCGUACAAGUGUUUAGCCCCUCGGCUGAGUGACUUCGACAGUCUGCCGGAGCAAAUGAGGGCGUUUGUCCUUUCCAUGCACUGCCGGGAAUACCCGCUCCUUAUCAACCAGCCCGGGAUGUGCAGCGGCAACAGGACGUUUGGCCUGGACAACCCCAUGCUCCUGAUCGCAGUCAAAUCCCAGGUGGGCAACUUUGAAAACAGGCAGGCCAUCCGGGAAACGUGGGGACGAAGUGGCUUUGUGAGGGGAGAAAUAAACAGGAGAGGCGGACUGGUGCGUACGGUUUUCCUGCUGGGGCGGCAGGAUUCAAGCACGGGUCCCUACCCAGACCUCAACAGACUCCUGGAGCUGGAGAACCAGCAGUUCAGCGACAUCCUCCAGUGGGACUUCAGGGACACGUUCUUCAACCUGACCCUUAAGGACUUGCUGUUCUGGCACUGGCUGCAGGAGCACUGCCCCUCGGCCGUCUUCAUCUUCAAAGGGGAUGAUGACGUCUUUGUCCGUACGGGCGCCCUCCUGGACUACCUGCACAAGCAGUGGGAGGAGCACAACAUGUGGCGAGCCAGCAGGAACGAGACAGAGGCGUUGAUGGAUUUGAUCGUGGGGGACGUGAUCAGCAACGCCAAGCCCAACCGCGAGCCGACGGUCAAAUACUACAUCCCCGAGAGUUUCUACAAGGGCGUGUACCCGCCUUACGCCGGAGGAGGAGGGGUGGUGUACUCCGGUUCGCUGGCUCUGCGUCUGAGGGAGGUGUCCGACAGGGUGCAACUCUUCCCCAUCGACGACGUGUACCUGGGCAUGUGUCUGCACAGACUGGGACUGUCCCCCAGGCACCACCCGGGCUUUUUGACCUUUGACCUCCCAGAAGCGGAGAAGGACAAGCCGUGUGCCUACAGAUCGGUUCUGCUGGUUCACAAGCGGAGUCCAAAGGAAAUGCUGGCGCUGUGGCGGCGGCUGCAAACCUCGCGGGCUCGAUGCUGA